UCGGUUGAAUACUUGCACGAUACAAACGUACUACGGAGCAGAAAAAACACUUCAACAAAAUACAAUAACAUGGCGGCGGGUUUUUUGUGUUAUGUGUUGUUUUUUUUUGUUUCUCUCGUCGUCUCUUCGGUCUGUGCUUCAGCCAGAGUCGUUGAUUCGCAUGCGAUGCGUCUCUCCGCUUCACAUAUACAAGCAGUUGCGGUAGCUUCAUCGCAUCAUUAUCGUCAAUAACUGUAUGGUCAAUGUAAAAAUUCAGUCUAAAUCUAUUCCACAAUGCGAGUAGACGAGUUUUCGUGGCCGCAGUCGACGUGUUGACAAAAUCUAAGAUCAAAAUUUAUUACUAUUUUUUGUUUCUCGUUUGCAAUCAGAACAUUUGUUGUGACAUUUUUUUAAAUGUAUUUAAUGUGAAUAACGCGAUCAAAAAAUAAAGAAACGAAAAGAAAUUUCAAGACCAAAAGUACAUCUUGUUCAAUUUUUGUGUCGUCAGAAAAAAAUUCAUUGAGGAAUUCACUGUGGCAUUUCAGUGCGAAGCAAAAACAACAACAACAACAUUUUGCGUAUUUAGAAAAAUGAUUGAAAAUAAAUUGCGAAGAAAAACAAAACAACAACAGUAAAACUGCUAGAGUGAAUCGAAGAAAAUUUCGAAAAAAAGCAAAAACAAAAUAAAUUAAAAUUAAUAACCAACAAAUGUUGUGCGUAUCAGUCUGUGUCCUGUCUACUACUUGUUCUGUGUGCUUAUUUUAUUUUACAACAAAUAUUGCUGCAUCUUAUUUCCGCUGGCACGGUGUGUGGUUAUAGUUUUUAUGAAUUUUUCUGUGUCAUCUUUACAAUUACGAAAAGAAAAAAAAACACCCCGAAAACACGAGAAAAAUACUAGAAAUUCGCUAAUUUUUUUCUUCUUCGGGAAAUUCAGGAGUGCCAAAAAUUCAGCAUUCGUGUGUAUGUGACAAAUACAUUACUCAUCGCCAACUGAAGAACGAAUAAAAAAAACUGAACGAAAACAAAAAACGUUGCGCAUAUAUUAUAACGGGAAAAAAAGUAAAUGACUAAAAUUUAAAAAUCGAUAAAAACGAAAAGAUUAUCCAAAAUAAACGAAAAUAAAGUGUAAUAAAAUCAAUCGUAAUCGAAACCAGCAUUCGAUGGAAACGUCAAGUUCGCAUCAACCAAAACAAUAAUAAAACGGUGCGCAUCAAAGAGUCUACCUAGAAAAUAAGGCUGACAAACAAAAUAAAACGAACAUUGUAAGUGUAGCAGCGCAGCAGCAACAGCCGCCGCCGCCGUCGUUCUGAACGAAACGAAAAAAUAAACCACAAAAUGUCAACUAGUGAAAGCUUCGGACCGCAGGCCACCAUUGUUAAAGAAGGUUGGCUUUAUAAGCGCGGUGAACACAUAAAAAAUUGGCGACCACGUUACUUCAUAUUGCGUGACAAUGGAUCGCUAAUGGGCUACAAAUCGAAACCAGAUGGAACAAAUCAGGCUGAUCAACUAAAUAAUUUCACUGUAAGAGGUUGCCAAAUAAUGAGCGUAGAUCGCCCAAAACCAUUCACAUUCAUUAUUCGUGGAUUGCAAUGGGCCAAUGUCAUCGAAAGAACAUUUCAUGUGGAUAGUGAACAAGAGAGGCAAGAAUGGGUUGAAGCCAUUCGAUAUGUGGCAAAUCGACUCAGCGAAAUGGGAGAAACUGCAAUGUCACCAUCUAGCUCAACAGAUAUGACUGACGUCGACAUGGCAUCCAUAGCCGAGGACGAACUCUCAGAAAAGUUUUCAGUUCAGGGUAUCGCAACUGGAAAAACCAGCGGAAAAACUAAAAUUACGUUAGAGAACUUUGAGUUUUUGAAAGUCUUGGGCAAAGGAACAUUUGGCAAGGUGAUUUUGUGCCGUGAAAAGUCCACUGAAACACUCUAUGCCAUCAAAAUGCUGAAGAAAGAUGUAGUCAUACAAAAAGAUGAAGUCGAACACACACUAACUGAAAACCGUGUACUUCGGUCAACAAAACAUCCAUUUAUUAUCUCGCUGAAAUAUUCGUUUCAAACGUUACAUCGUUUGUGCCUUGUGAUGCAGUAUGUGAACGGUGGAGAAUUGUUCUUUCAUCUGAGUCGUGAGCGUGUGUUCACUGAAGAUCGUACACGUUUUUAUGGUGCUGAGAUCAUUUGUGCGUUGGGCUAUUUACAUUCACAAGGAAUCAUUUAUCGAGAUUUAAAAUUGGAAAAUCUGCUGCUCGAUAAGGACGGACACAUCAAAAUAGCCGAUUUUGGAUUGUGCAAAGAGGAAAUCACAUAUGGAUCAACAACGAAAACAUUUUGCGGUACACCCGAGUAUUUAGCUCCCGAAGUAUUGGAAGACAAUGAUUAUGGAUUGGCGGUAGAUUGGUGGGGUACGGGUGUCGUCAUGUACGAAAUGAUGUGUGGCCGUUUGCCGUUCUAUAACCGCGAUCACGAUGUUUUGUUCACCCUCAUUUUGGUGGAAGAAGUGAAGUUCCCGCGCAAUUUAUCACUCGAAGCCCGCAGUUUAUUGAGUGGAUUGUUAGCUAAAGCACCGAAAGAUCGUCUGGGAGGCGGCCCCGAAGAUGUCAAAGAAAUCAUGGUUCACCCAUUUUUCGCCUCAAUUAACUGGAAAGAACUAGAAAAUAAGAAAAUAACACCACCAUUUAAGCCACAAGUCACUAAUGACACCGACACGAGAUAUUUUGACUCUGAAUUCACCGGAGAAAGCGUCGAACUAACGCCACCAGACAAUUCAGGGCCUUUGGGUGCAAUUCAAGAGGAACCCUAUUUUUCACAAUUCAGCUACCAGGAUUCAUCAGCAUCGACACUCGGUACAUCUGUGCAUUUUUGUAGUUCAGCUACGGGCACCGGCAUACUGAUGCAAUAGAUCUGUGUAUAACUUUUUUUUUUGUUCAAAACUUUUCAAUGUCGUUCGUAUUGUUGCUCCAUCAUUUCGGAAUGGAAAUGGAUUUACUAAACUGAGAGUGCCUACAUUGCCAUUUUGGUUCCAAAUCGAAUGACAAUCGCACCAAAAAUAUUUAGAAAAAGAAACUCAUCACGGCAAGCAAAUAUGCGGCAUCAAAUCAAUUCCACACAGUGAAAAGAGAGGAGAUAGCAUGCACCUGCCCCUGCCCCAUUAAGACACUAUUUAUACAUGAGAUAGUAAAUCCCAUCACCAUCAUUUACCAUCAAAAUACACAAACACACACACACAAACACGAAUCCUAUACACAACACUUCCGAAAGUGCUAAUAUAAUGUAAACAAGAAGAAAACAAAAAUUGAUGAAAAAAAAUUAGCUUGAAAAUUUAUAAUUUGAAAAAUUGUAACAAUAAAUAUGUGUAAGCAAAA